AUGUCUCGCCGUCUAUUCAACCGCGGUGGUCGUACGACUGCCGCAUCAACCAGCACCUCAACAACCACCACCAUCACAGCCUUGCCUGACUACGAACCGCUCUCUUUCCCUCUUUCCGACACCGCCCGACGAGAGCUGAUUGAGCUUUCAAACCAUCGCGGCGCUGCACCGUAUGAGGCGCAGCUAAAGGACUCGAUUCGCCAUCUUGGCCUCAGCGUGAGUGAUCUCAACGAACGUCUGCGCAGAGGCCAAGAUCGACUGGCCAUCGUCUCUGAGCGCCGAAAAGAAAAAGAUGCGGACAAGACGGCCGAAGAGGAGCGCCUUGAACAGCAGUUGCCCGAGUUCGAAAACGACGUCGAAAAGUUGACGCGCGAGUCAGAGCGUGCGCUCAGAGAGACCAUUGAUCGAAAAGCCGAGCUGGAAGACGAGGCUUCUGUGUUGGAGGACCUCAGUACCACUGCGACAACAAAUUCAAUAGCCCAAACAAGAAGUGCGGCCGCGACGCAGAGCCGACGAAGGCGUGCAAAUGGAGUUGAUAGCGACGAAGAAGAAGACGCCGCCGCCAAUGGGACCGACGAAGGCGACCGACAGGAACCCGUGACCAGCGUCGUCGAUACCUUUCGAGAUCUCCGCGCUAAGAAAAGGGCAGAAUACACAGGCCUCAGCGUCCACCAGCGCUACGGCCUCAACAAUGACUAUGUCGGCUUCAAGAAGCUGUGGCAUGAAGCUGCGGCGGGCGAGGACGGCCCUCCCCUGCCAGAUGCUUCACGAUGGUUCGACUCCAAUGGCGAGCCCGACAUGACAAUCCCCAAUCGUGACGCGCAAAAUGGCUCCUUUGACGAUGAUGAGGAGGUGGCUGUCUCGCGAGAGAAUAUCAGUGUCAACUGUCCUUUGACUCUCCUCCCCAUGAAUGAACCCUAUAGAAGUCGCAAAUGCCCACACGUAUUUGAGAAAGCCGCCAUCCUGGAUUACUUGCCUUUUCGCGGCGAGCUUCAGUGUCCCCAAACGGGCUGUUCACAGAAAUUCUCUCGAAUACACUUUGAAGAAGAAUUCUUCCUAGACGAAGCUAUGAAGAGGAGAAUACAGCGCUGGAAGCAAGCUGAGCAGAACCGCCAGGAUAUGGACGACGAGGAUGAAGAUGAUGCUGACGAGUCGCUUCUUGUUGGCAGCCAGCGACAAGCUAGAGGGGGCAGAGGCAGAGGAGUCAAAAGAGAGGCGAAACGGGAAUUGUCAUGA